AUGACUGACCGAUCCCACAGCCCGACAGGCGUAGACUGCAACAGCCGAACAUACGAGGUCAACAGGGCCAUGUACCCUCAAGUCCCGGGCCUGGAUGGACUUGGCGGUGCGUCUUUACAGUUCGCGCACGGCAUGCUUCAGGACCCAAGCAUGCUUUUCAACAAACCCCAUUUCAAUGGAAUCAGCCCUGCGCCACCACAAAGUUUCUUCCCAUUUUCUGGGGUUGCAGGAGAUUUCAAAGCGAAUGAUUUGCAAGGUAGCGAUUUCACGCAGCCCAAACACUGGUACCCGUUUGCGGCGCCCGAGUUCACCGGCCAGGUGGCGGGGAUCACCACAGCCACCCAGCCGGCAAACAUCAGCCCGCCUAUCGCUGAAACCAGGGAGCAAAUCAAGAUGCCUGCUGAGGUAAAGACCGAGAAGGAUGUCGAGGACUACGCCAAUGAAGGCAAGCCUCAAUCACAGUAUCAUCUUUCCGCAGGCGCAUCAUCCGUGGCCACCGGGAUGUAUUACUCCACAGCCUGGAACCCGAACUUUUGGGCCGGCCUGCCUCAUAUCACGCCCCCCGCUAAUAUUUCUCAAGCUCCAUCGACUCCCUCUGCAUCAUCUCCUUCUCUGUCUCCAUCUCCGCCCGGGAAUGACUUUAGUAGCCCGGGAUUUUUCAGCGGAACGACUGCGCAAAACAUGCCCACGGGUCAGGCGCAAACCACCGCCAGGAGCAGCGGCUCCUCCAGCGGAGGAUGCAGUGAUUCUGAAGAGGAGGAGACCCUGACCACAGAAGACUUGGAGCAGUUUGCUAAAGUGUUGAAACACAAGCGUAUCACGCUGGGCUUCACACAAGCGGACGUAGGACUCGCUCUGGGAAACCUGUAUGGAAAAAUGUUCAGUCAGACGACCAUUUGCCGCUUUGAGGCUCUCCAGCUGAGUUUCAAGAAUAUGUGCAAACUAAAGCCACUGCUGCAGAGAUGGCUGAAUGAAGCAGAGAAUUCUGAAAAUCCCCAGGAUAUGUACAAGAUUGAGCGGGUUUUUGUUGACACAAGGAAAAGAAAGCGGAGAACCAGUUUGGAAGGCACUGUCCGUUCUGCUCUUGAGUCAUACUUUGUGAAGUGCCCCAAGCCCAACACACUGGAGAUAACGCACAUAUCUGAUGACCUAGGCCUGGAGAGAGAUGUGGUACGUGUGUGGUUCUGCAAUCGUAGACAAAAGGGCAAGCGCCUAGCAUUGCCCUAUGAUGACGAAUGUGUUGAAAGUCCGUAUUAUGAGCAGAGCCCUCCACCCCAUAUGGGUGGCACAGGGCUCCCAGGGCAAGGCUAUCCUGGACCAGCCCAUCCCGGAGCAGCCCCUGCCCUAUACAUGCCACCCCUCCACCGACCAGAUAUCUUUAAAAACGUCCUCCACCCUGGACUGGUGGGUCACCUCACCAGCUAA